AUGUGGCGAAUGCGGAUAGGCUUUGCGCUUCUGACAGACGGCGAUUCCGCGGGGCCGGCGGUGCUGAGCCCGCAACUCGAAGUACCCUGGGAUCUGGGCCGAGUCCGGCCGCCCUCGCGCGACAGCGACUCCAGCGCAAACGAAGACCCCUGCCUGGCUGCCGCUGGCUGGCACCCAGUCCGGGGCCGGGGCCGGCCGGGCUCGGGGGCCGGGCCGGGCCGGGGCGGUUGCUGCGACGUGUGCGGAAAGGUGUUCAGCCAGCGCAGCAACCUGCUUCGGCACCAGAAGAUCCACACGGGCGAGCGCCCCUUCGUGUGCGGCCAGUGUGGCCGCAGCUUCAGCCGCAGUUCGCACCUGCUGCGCCACCAGCUCACGCAUUCGGAGGAGCGGCCCUUUGUUUGCAGCGACUGCGGCCAAGGCUUUGCGCGUCGUGCCAGGCUGGAGGAGCACCAGCGCGUGCACACGGGCGAGCAGCCCUUCCGCUGCGCCGACUGCGGCCAGUGCUUCCGCCAGCGCGCUAACCUGCUGCAACACCAACGCGUGCACGGGGACCCCCCGGACUCGCGCCCUGCGCCGCCACCCCCCGCCCCCGCCCACCCACCGCCCGGGAGUAGAGAAGCCCCUGCCGGCGCUGCGCCUGCGCACACAGAGACUCCGCCUACUACAUCUCCCAGAAAGCACCGCAAAGAGCUUCUCCACUCCACCACGGUGCAGGAGAUGGCCGAGGAAGAACCCAUCCCGGCCAGGGGUUGCCAUAGAGACAGCGAGGCUGACGGCGUCCUAGUGAAGGCCAUGAUUGAAGAUGAUGAGCCUGUCAUGGUGAAGCUGGAGGACUCUGAGGAAGAGGAAGAGGCUGCCCUGUGGGAUCUGGGACCUGAGGCUGCACGCCUGCGCUUCCGAGGUUUCUGCUAUGAGGAGGCAGUGGGACCCCAAGAGGCCCUGACCCAGCUUCGAGAGCUGUGUCACCAGUGGCUGCAGCCAGAGUUGCACUCCAAGGAGCAGAUGAUGGAGCUGCUGGUGCUGGAGCAAUUCCUGUGUGUGCUGCCCCCUGAGAUCCAGGCCCACGUGCAGGGGCAGCGGCCAAGUAGCCCUGAAGAGGCUGCUGCCUUAGUUGACAGGCUCCGUUGGGAGCUGGGCAGGCCUCGGAGAUGGGUCACAGUCCAGGUGCAGGGCCAGGAAGUCCUGUCAGAGAAGAUGGAGCCUUCCAGCUUCCAGCCUCCACCUCGGACCAAGCCUCAGACUCCAGAUCCUGGACCUGAGACACCUCCUGGGGCUUCGCAGGAAUUGCCGCUGGGCUUUCAGGUGAAAGAGGAUCCAGAGGCUACGGAGGAGCCAGAGUUGCUGGAGUCUGGGCCUUUACCUGUGACCCAGGAGGCUGCACCCACUGUCCUACCUGAGGAGGCCCAGGGCUACAAGACUGCGCUGGAGCUGACCUCUCCCCACGGUGACACUGGCCCCGAGGGGUCCUCGUGGAGGGAGCAGCCUAGGGCCCUGUGGCUUGAGGAAGCUGGGGGCCUCUUCUCGCCAGCUGAAGCUCCUGGCCCCUUCCCGUGCAGCGAAUGCCGCCAGAGCUUCGCGCGCCACGCAGUGCUGCUGGAACACCAGGCCGUGCACACCAGUGACAAGUGCUUCGGCUGUGCCGAGUGCGGCGAGCGCUUUGGCCGCCGCGCCGUGCUGCUGCAACACCGACGCGUGCACAGCGGCGAGCGGCCUUUCGCCUGCGCCGACUGCGGGCAGAGCUUCCGCCAGCGCUCCAACCUCACGCAGCACCGGCGCAUCCACACGGGCGAGCGGCCUUUCGCCUGCGCUGAGUGCGGCAAAGCUUUCCGCCAGCGGCCCACUCUCACGCAGCACCUGCGUGUGCACACGGGCGAGCGGCCCUUUGCCUGCCCCGACUGUGGCCAGUGCUUCAGCCAGCGGCUCAAGCUCACGCGCCACCAGCGCACGCACACCGGCGAGAAGCCACACCGUUGUGCCGACUGCGGCCUGGGCUUCGCGCAAGUGUCGCGCCUCACCGAGCAUCGGCGCGUGCACACAGGCGAGCGGCCCUUUGCCUGCGCCGACUGUGGCCAGUGCUUCCGCCAGCGCGCCAACCUGGCGCAGCACCGCCGCAUCCACACGGGCGAGCGACCUUUCGCCUGCGCCGAAUGCGGCAAGGCUUUCCGCCAGCGGCCCACGCUCACGCAGCACCUGCGCACUCACCGGCGGGAGCGGCCCUUUGCCUGCCAGGACUGCGGCCGCCGCUUCCACCAGAGUACGAAGCUCCUCCAGCACCAGCGCGUGCACUGCGCGGAGUAGCCGUGCUGCAGGCCGAGCCUCCCGGUGUGCUCAAUAAACCGUGGGCGGCAGCGGCGGACGUCUCCUGUGCAGCGAGCUUCCUGUGAGACUUGCUCGUCUGCGGGGCAGCCAGUGUCCCGGGAGCGUGUGGCACAGGGUGACCCCCAGCCCCCAGAGGAGGAAAUAUUCUCUGUGAGCGUCCACCACGCAGUGCCUGGUCACCAACCAGGUUCUAGCAGAGACAGCCACAACAGAUAUUUCAGCAGAGGUGCUAACUGGAUGGCAGGUGACUGGUGGGAAACGGAAAAGGGUAGUCAAGCUGUCCUGGAGGUAGAACUUAGGAGUCCCUGAGGAGAGGGCGCUACUGAAGAGUUGGCCCUGGAGUCUCAGCAAGCAUGGAGGCCCUGUGGGCUUUGUUACUGCUCAGCUGGCCCUGGGUUACCCCCAGAGGAAGGUACUCCAUGGGUCUAGGCUGAGAUGCCUGAUGUCAAGGCACUGGGGUGGGUCUCUGACAAUCCAGUGACCUGGUUGAGAAGUAUGUAUGUUAAAAAUGUACUGCUCCCAAAAGGA